UUAAGAAUUGUGUUAUUCUAGUGAAAUUUAAGCAAAAUAAUUUUUGCGACAAAAAGCAAUUACACCAUCUGCCUUGUAUUGUUUGCGGAAAACAAAGCGCAAAAAUUUACUAGUGACCACGCUAGCAAUUGAAAGCACACCACACAUUACUGCCGCCAAAUUAUAAUAUGGCCAAAGUACAUAUUACAAAUGUUGUGGUGCUGGACAAUCCCAGUAGUUUUUUCAAUCCCUUUCAGUUCGAGUUAACCUUUGAGUGUAUUGAGGAGCUGAAGGAGGAUUUGGAAUGGAAAAUGAUUUAUGUGGGCUCGGCCGAAUCAGAGGAAUACGAUCAAGUAUUAGAUACAAUAUAUGUGGGUCCGGUGCCCGAAGGUAGACACAUAUUCGUUUUUCAAGCUGAUCCACCAGAUGUAACAAAAAUUCCAGAACCAGAUGCUGUGGGAGUCACCAUAGUUCUAUUAACGUGUUCAUACAGAGGUCAGGAGUUUGUGCGUGUGGGCUAUUUUGUGAAUAACGAUUAUGCCGAUCCUGAGAUGCGUGAAAAUCCUCCACCAAAACCCUUAUUUGAUAAACUAACCCGCAAUAUAUUGGCUACAAAGCCCCGUGUAACACGUUUCAAAAUCAAUUGGGAUGAUGCACCCUCAAAUGAUCUGGCCAAUGGCAAUGGCCAGGACGGUGAACAUGCUGAUGAUGAAAUGCAAUGCGGUGCUGGUGAUAUGAAUGGCGGUGCCUCUACCUCAGCAGCAGCCGCUUCGUCGUCCUCAAAUCCUACCUCUUUGGAUGCGCCGGAAGCAACAAUGGAUGAUAACAGUUUAGCUAUGCCAAUCGAAAAUGGCGUGACUGCUUUAAAUGAAAAUUCAAAUUCGUUAGCCAUGGAAUGUUAGGUUUAAUUUAAUAAUGAUUUGGCUCUAGGUUUAGCUGAAAACUCAAUUUAGUUUUUGUAUCUCUUAACACAACAAACACAGUCUGCAGGGGAUCCAAUAAUAAUUUAAAAAAGAAAAAUUCCCAGAAGCGUUACAUUUUGAGUACAACUGUACUGAAUGUCUACUUUAUACUAUACUUUUACUUGAAAGCUUAUCAAAUAUUUAACUGAUGGCUGCUCUUGUUCUGCUUAAACCGCUUGUCUCAAUUAAAGAUUGUAUCGUUUCUUUCUAUCUAAGUUAUGUUAAAUGAUCUUUGUGUUAAAUUUUUCAUUAAUUAUUAUUUUUUUAUAUUUAUCUAAUAUUUAGUACGUAAUUUACUUUAUUGUAAAAUUUAUCAACAAAAUACAAAAUUAAUGAUUUUUGUGCAAA